AUGUCCGGCGGGGGAGACGUCCACGUCCUCCGCCAAGACGCCGGCCAAGAGAGUCCGAGGAUGCCGGCCUGGAAGCGAGAGAUCCUGGAGAGACGGAAGGCGAAGGGCGGCGUUUCCGCGGGCAGCCCGGCCCCGGAGCCGAGCCCCGGCGGCGCCGCGGGGUCGCAUCACGUCAACGGGGAUGUAGCGGGGAACGUGAACGGUAACGGCGGUGGUGGCGCGAGGAGCGGCGCGUCCGGCCGGAACUACACCAUCACCACGGCCAGCCAACAUUUCGCCAACAACAAAGAGCCCCGAGCGGCGGCCGAGAGGACGGCGCCGAGGGAGAGCCUGGUGCUCCAGGAGAGUCUGGGUCCGCUGGAGGAGAACCCGUUCAUCAAGCUGGAGAAGGAGCGCCGGAAGCGGCAGGACCGGGAGAACGCCGCCCGCCCGGUCCAGCACAUCCUGGAGCUGUACGGGAGCGUCCCCGGGAUCCGAACCAUCCGGGCCGACAACAUCAUCAUCAUAGAGUCGGAUCCGGACUACUUCCCGGAGGCCGGAGAGAGUAAAGGCUGGCAGCAGAACGGGGUGGACACCUACAGCUCACUGAACGACCUUCUGGACCGGAGAGGCAGCGCCGUGACGGAGAUCAGAGCCAAGGAGGUGGUCAUCUACGACACCACGCUGAGCCGGAGUGAGGAGAACCUCAGCACCCUGGGCCGCCCUGACCCCGAUGGCCCCAGAGACGCUGGGGAGGGCCAAGGCCGGGUCAGCCGGAUCCUCCAGAAGUUCGACUGCAACUACGGGAAGCUUCAGAAGAAGUCGCACAGCACGGAGAACCUUCUAGACCUGGAUUGUAGUGCCAGUGCCAGGCCAAGACAUUGGGCCAAGCCACAGCCAGAUCUGGUGCCAAAGCCCAGGCCAAGUCCGAGCGUCAGCAGCCAGCCAACAUCACCCGUCUUUCAGACUCCUUGGACUUCCAAAGCAAAGCCACAGCCGGAGCUCCACCCGGGAUCACCCCAGCCUGUGUCGUCCUUCCGGCAGAGGUUUGAAGGGGGCGUCGUCCCCAAAGACGAGCCAGACAGAGGGCAAAGCAAGCCCACCAGGGAGCGCGACUGGGAGGCCGUGGAGGUGUCCCCCAAGCCCAAGGUGCCAUGUUCUCCGGAGACCCGCCGUGCCCGUGCCGAGUCCUCCUCACUGCCCAUCUCUUCGAAGGUCUUGCGUGCGACGUCCGAGUUUGAGAUCCGUCCCUCUCCGAAGCCGGACAUCGACCAGAUCCCAGAGGGGGACACCCAGGCUCGGGCCCUGGCAAACCUCCGUCUGCAGUCCAAGAACUCCUUCACGGUGGUCCCCAAGAGAAACUUGCAAGCCUCGCCUGCGGCCACCAGCCCCAGACCACCAAGUCCGACCAAGUCCUCGCCCUUGCCAGGAGUGCCAACACCCCCCUGCUCCCCAACGAAGAAGAAAGAAGAGAAAGUUCAGGAGAAGAAGGAACCAGAAGCACCUCCUUCUCCUUCCUCUCCACCAGUCCUGACCUCACCAGCCUCACCAGUCUCUCCGACUCCGAAGCAACCCCCCGUGGACAAACUGCCGGUCACAAACAUUGACGACAUUGAGGUGGAGUCCCCGCAGCGUGUCCCGGUCCCCAGCCCCAUGGUGCAGAGGAAAAAGGGCAACACCUUCACCGUGGUGCCUAAACGAUCGGCGGACCCCCAGAAGAGCCCACCGGAGCCCCAGCAGGAGGCUCCGGCCCAGGCCCCGCCGGGGUCCACGCCCCCGCAGCCCCAGUACGCCCAGCUGGGCAGCCUGCUGAAGAAACGCUACCCUGCUGUGGAGGAGAUCCAGGUCAUCGGAGGGUACCUGAGCCUGGCCAAGUCCUGCCUGUCCAAGACCGGCUCUGUGGGCAAGAAG